AUGGCUCCGGGCACGUCCCCUACGCCUUCGACGCUCAACGCCGGCGAUCGCUUGGCGGCGGCAGUCCUCCGCAAUAUUACGCUGCUCCUCGACUCGACGUUGAUCCUCACCACAGCUACAGCACGUGAUCCGCCUCCACCGCCCCCCUCGUUCAGCAAUCGGCACAUGCCGCCACCCUCAUCUCCUCAGCAGAGCGCUUCGCUGCCGCACUAUGCUUCUCAACGAGGUCCACCCCCACCACCUUUCUCCACCAGUCGUGAUUUGCCUGGCUUGGUGGGGCCGCCGCGAUCCAGCAGUAACAUGUCCAUCUCCUCCCUGAUGGGUGGGUUUGAAUCAGCCGCCGCGUCACGCCAGUCGCAAUCACACUACUCUCCCCCAUCGUCCGCCACUGCACCAUCUCCGAGCCUGAACUCCAUGCACCCGCCUUCCCCUCGCAGAAGUCUUGUCAGCGGUACCAGGAUGGAUUAUUCCCAGUAUCGACGGCCAGAGACCCCUGAGUAUCCCCAAGCUAGCAGGCCGUCGGAUCGCCCUGUGUAUGUCUCCGGUUCUCCUCCUCGGUCGUUUGCGGGGCCAUCGACGGCUUCUCCUGAGCUGCAGCGCCAAGGAUUACCUCCAUCGUCACAGCCCUACAAGCCAGCGCCAUUACAGACGGGCGGUCCUUACCGCCAUCAACCAUCUCGAAGCGAGCCGAGCAGUGCGGAUCCUCGUCCAGGUGCCUCUUCUGCACCACCGAGGCCUAACAGCCAACCCAGUCAUCCCCCACCUGCCAUUCAAGGCGAACCUAGGGAUGCCUAUGACCCGGCUGCCGCGAGGAGGGCCUUUUUUGGACAGUCCGAGGAAGAGCGUAGAGUCGCUCAAGAUCAUCCAUAUCAUGGACGACAUGGAAGCUUGAAUGCCGGCGAUACUUCUCGAUUGGAAACCGGUGGAAGGGAGCGACCUUCUACAGUGCAGCCUCUGUCCCAUUCACUUUUCGAUGCCCCGGACAGACAACGAAAUAAUAUCGCACAAUCUCAACAAGCCAGUAGCCAGCCGCCAAGAAGCUUGUUCUGGCAUCCGCAGCCCAGAUCACAUGCUGCAGGGGAUACCACUCAACAUCCUUUGGAGGAGCACCGCGAUCCGUUCCAGCACGGAACUCGUGGCACGCCCGGCGCUACUUCCGGCCCGAUGAUGGGCUUCAAUCGGGGAGCGAUGGGAGUCCAUGUCCCAGCCGCUGACAAUCACCAGAGGUAUACUCUUGGCCACGACUCCGCCAGGCGCGUAGCGGAACAAUAUCAAAGCCCACCAACGUCAGAUCCAAGCAGCAUGGAUCGGAGGCGAGCCGAUCAGAUUGGCCAUCAACAGGCUCACAAUGGUUACGCGCCAAGGUCGUCAUCCUACGAGUAUCACCCGAAGCCGCAGGGUGAGGAGAUGCAGAAGUCUAGAUCCUUCCUGGGAGUAAGUCCUGAGGCAAGACGUACUGGACGUGCGUCGCCUUUACCUCAGGCCGUGCAGGGAGCACAAGCUCAACCAGUCGUUCCCGGCGGAGAUCCCACCAUCAAGAACGAAUUCGGACGCAUGUUCUCGGGAUUGGGCAGUGGUUUGGUUAGCGCGCCCCAUGGGUCUGCUACACCAACACGCGGCAGCCCUUUCCCUCAAAACAGGGACGCAAUGACCCACGGAGAAGCUGGUGACUUGGACCCGCUUGGCCGAACUGGGUCUCGUGGGGCGAGAAGAAGCCGAAAGGUGAAGGAUGAAGACGGCAGACUUGAGAGCGAUAGCAACGAUGGCAGGAUAACUCCAAGUCUUACUGGACAGAGGAACACAAAGCGUCCGAAACACAACCACCCAGGCCAUCACCAUCACCACCUUUACAGCCAUCAUCACCAUCACCGUGCUGAGGAGGAGCAGAAUAUGGUAAUUGCACAUCAGCAGGCGAGCACCACACCGACUUCUUUCAGUAAAAUGAAUGGGGUACAAGGUCAAAACAUGCCGUCCAUUGUGCCGCCAGCACAUCACCAUCACCAUCACCACCAUGCUCCUCAUCCCGCGCAUCAUCAUCAUCAUCACCACCACGCUCCAAGAGUGACCAGCAGUGUCCCACCGAUCCCAGCUACCAAGCCGAUCAUCGAGGUCAAUAGCCAAGCUGUCCUCGACAAGGUCAAGGAUUUACCUCGUUAUCAUCUUGGCAGUGUUGUGUACGAAGCAACGACAGCGCCGCCGCCGUCCAAGAAUACCAGCAUCGAUGACCGAUAUGGGUUCCGAUCGAUCCCCUCGGCGUUACCGGAUUAUUCCGGCAAGGAGAACUGCACACUCACCGUCCGUAUUCCGCGGUACUACUUGAGUGAACGGCAACGAGACGUGAUAGUGAUGAGUCGACAAGUGUGGGGAUCGGAGAUCUACACGCACGACUCAGACGUGGUCGCCGCAGCGAUCCACUCGGGCUGGAUCCGUGGCGCUUGGCCUGAGGAUGUCGAUGUCAACAUGCUCGACCCACGCAUCAAUGGUGGCAGCGAGCCACUGUCUGAAGCGGAUCCGUCUCAAGUGUUGGUGUCAAAACCCAGUCAGCCGGCGCCUCCGCCAGCCGGACUCGACGCGCAUGUGACGGUUACAAUUCUACCAUGCCUGACUGAGUACAAGGGCAGUGUGUGUUACGGCAUCAAGAGUCACACGCGGAGACAGCACGAGGGAUGUAGCUACAAAGUCAGCAGAGUGGAGUGGGUGGAUGAUGAAAUGACGAAAAGAGGCGAAGAGCGCAACGGAGCAGCGAGAAGAGAAAGGUUGGCGGCUGCUCAGAGUUUGGUGGCUUUGUUGACUAGUGGUGGAGGGAGACAAGGCAACGGGACGGAUGGCGACGUCUCCCAGUCGCAAGGGAUAAGGAUGGGACAUGCACAGGCGGUCGCGUGA